UUUCACAAUUCGUACUCUUCACACGGAAACGUUUGCAAACCCUAAAUUCUCAAACCGAUCUUUCUACUUUCUUCGAUUCUUAGAGAAAUUUUCCUGCGAAAAUGUCUGGUCGUGGAAAAGGAGGCAAGGGUCUGGGCAAGGGAGGAGCAAAGAGGCAUCGUAAAGUCCUCCGCGAUAACAUCCAGGGCAUCACAAAGCCUGCUAUUCGGAGAUUGGCCAGAAGAGGAGGCGUCAAGAGAAUCAGUGGCUUGAUCUACGAGGAGACGAGAGGCGUGCUCAAGAUUUUCCUGGAAAAUGUGAUUCGUGAUGCUGUGACUUACACUGAGCACGCCAGGAGGAAGACCGUUACUGCCAUGGAUGUGGUUUAUGCGCUCAAGAGGCAGGGAAGGACGCUCUAUGGAUUUGGUGGUUGAAGUUGUUGGUCUGCGAAUAGGUACAAACAGAAGAAAUUUGUGUCUUGAAAGAGGUCUAUAUAACAAUUAUGUACUGGGGAUGCUCUAUUUGGAAAUUAGAAAUGCCAGUGUGUUUAAAUUUCUUCUGUUAUUUGGUGUUGUUAAUACUGUGUCCUCGAAUCAGAGGGAUUAAUGCAUUGCUGGAUCCUCAUGUUAUAACUGCUUGAUUCACUUUUAAUUAGUAGAUGAUUUUGUCCCUGGAA